AAAAAAUUAUCCGGAUUCCCAUCUCAAAGUCAUCGAAUCUGGUCUCUACACGUGGCAACCUGUCCUCUUCCCACUAACCCCUGUAUUCCACCUGGAUACCCUUCUUCUUUCCUGUAUAAAUGCUUAACUAACCUCAGCUUCACUUUCUCUCACCUCUCUAGCUGCUUAUAGGAAAAUCCCCUUGUUCAAUUUCUUCCCAAAACAAGUAGUUUUUGUUGUAUUUGAAAAGGAGGAGGAAAGAAAAAAUGUCAGGAGCCACAUUCUUGGAAAUCAUCUUGGCCAUCAUCUUGCCUCCUCUGGGUGUUUUCCUCCGUUAUGAAUGCAAGGUGGAGUUUUGGAUCUGUGUGUUGCUGACCAUAUUUGGGUGGCUCCCUGGAAUUAUCUAUGCUAUCUAUAUCCUCACCAAGCGAACAACGCCCUUUUCUUGAGGAGGAGAAGGUGGGGUAGUAGUAUCUAAUGCCUGGGCCGGCUGUGGCUGAUUUGGUGUCUUCAGAGAUUAUUUCGUACUACUUUCAUUCUGUUCUUGGAAAAAUUUGUAUUCUCAUUUAGGGGUUGAGGUUGUGACUGGUGGUUUGUCUUGUGAUUAUGUAUUGUGGGUUUGUGGAGCUAAAUUUUAAUUAGCUUAUGUUUCUGUCUUGGAAAUAAGGAAAUUUGUGUUCA